UUUUUGUUGUUUCCAUAUUUAAGUUUUAUUUCUUGCAAAAUUAUGGAGGCAUUGCGCAAACGCAUCUCGGGCUUCUUCUUCAAGGUGGAGCCAUCGAAUCCUGACGAACCAAAUCCCAAGGAAAUACUAGAAUUUGUGGAGAAGCAACGGCGGGAGGAGCAUGAGAAAUCCUUGGAUGAAACUGGCUUCGGUAUGGAUCAAAACAAAUCUAAUCGUGAAACCCCAAUAGAUUCUGUGGAACCUUUAGCUUCUGCGGAAAAUCCACCGGAUGAGGGUUUCCAUUUGCCGCGUUUCUUGUGGCCGCGAGAGCCCACAGCAACCGACUCGAAUGGCAUCGACUACCAACUGGAGUUUGUCAACUUUGUGGAGCGAAAUACGCCCAAGGGUUUCCCCCAGAAACUCAACGAUAUGCUGCCAUACAUGGCCGCGGGUUUCGUUGCCUGGCCAGCCUAUUGGCUGUAUCGUGGCUACCAGUGGCAGCACAAAAGGAACACGGAACGGAUUGGCUUCUAUAUACAAAGGACCCAUCAACAGGCGAAACUCAUUCAGGUGGCCAUUCUGGCCGCAGGGCUCAUGAUGGCCUUCACGGGACACCACUCGGGCAACAUACUAAAGGUCCACGAUGUCGACUAUAAAAAGGAGGAAAACCAGGAAAAAGCAGACUCGGACUAGCACCAGA